CAUUUCUGUAUACAGUCACUGCGGUUCGUCGCAUCGAUCGUGUUCCUCUACUAACACCCACUACCUACCUUUAUUCCCUCUCUCUUUAUCAUUCUUUUUCGCUCUUUCAUUCCAGUAGUUAACUUCACUCCUUCUGUCUAUAUUUCUCGCAUAGUCGAUCCACACUUUAACACGGAAGAGAUCACUGUGUCCAUUAUCAACGAUGUUAACAUGUUGGGAAAAAAUCUCAUUGGUUGUUCUGACUGCUGUGGGCCUGAGGAUUUUAAUAAGAGGAGGACUUUUGGCAUGGAAAAAAUUAUUGGCACCUAAUCUAGGCUUAGGCGUAGAUUUGACGAUUCAAGGUAGAUGGGCAGUAAUCACAGGUGUAACCGAUGGACUUGGGAAAGCAUUUGCCAAGGCUCUUGCUAGUAAAGGUCUUGACAUUGUCCUAGUAUCAAGAUCACUGGCAAAGCUUAAAGAUGUUGCAACCGAAAUAAAAGAAAAAUAUGGAGUUGAAACACGUGUUGUUGAGGCUGAUUUAACCGAAGGUCAAGCGAUCUAUUCAAAGAUCGCUAAAGCUACGGAAGAACUUGAGGUUGGAAUUUUAAUUAACAGCGCUGGAAUGAGUUACGAAUAUCCAGAAUUUCUCACCAAUAUGCCAGAAGAAACGCUAAAUAAAAUAUUGCAAUUAAACGUGGCUGGUCUUACUGGUACCACUAGAGUAAUUCUACCAGGCAUGAUGAAACGACGAAAGGGUGUCGUAAUUAAUAUAAGUUCGGUAACGGGUGAUAUUCCAAGUCCAUAUUUGACAGUCUACGCAGCCAGUAAAGCUUACGUCAUUAAAUUCAGCGCCGAUUUAGCUGCGGAAGUAGCUCAUAAUGGUGUCACCGUACAAUGUAUUAUUCCUGGACCCGUUGCCACUAAGAUGACCAAAAUCAAGAAACCAACGUGGAUGGCACCGAAUGCUGAUAAAUUUGUCGAGGCUACUUUAAAAACUGUGGGAAUCGAAUCUUUAACAACUGGAUAUCCUCCGCACUAUUUAGUGUACGGAUUUAUGAAAACUUUGACAUGCGUGUGUGAGAAGGGUGCAAUGUGGUUAGUGACCAGGACGAUGCUCAAUCUAAGAGGACGUUCUCUUCGAAAAAAGACAAGGGAUCAGGAUCAAAUGAAAGAGAUUCCGCAACAUGAUACUCUCCUCACAGAAUAAAUUCCUAAAACUA